CAGUGGCUUCUCACCAGAUGGUUGUUUGAUGAAGAACUAAACUAAAAAGACUCUCUGCACAUGCCGUCACGAGCCACCGCCCCUCUCUUCGCCCUCGCCGCCUCUCCUCUGACUACCCUCUAGAUCAUGCACUAGCAGCUGAUUCUGCCCUUCCCUGGUAUGCAGCUGAAGCAGUUCCAACCCUCCUCAAAUCUCCUACCCAGAUCAGAUCUCGUCUUCUUGCGGACGGGGAGUUGCGCAUCUCCACGGGUCGAGCAAGAACAUGUCUUCUCUGAUUUCUUAUGGAAGUGAUCUGGAAAGGAAGAUAGAGAGAUCUAAGAGGGGGCCGCAGAGGAACAGAUGAAGCGGAGGAGCUUUUUGCCGCAGCAUCGGAGCGGCAGAUGGAGAAUCAAGCUGCUGCUGAUGGUGCUCCUCUUGUUCUCCUGCUUCUGCUUGCUGAUGCUUAACCAUUACUCCUUCUCCCGAGUAUUCGAGCAUAGUGCGGCUGAAGCCCCACCUGUCGUCGACACGCAGAAGCCCAAGAUCGCCUUUCUCUUCAUAGCGCGCAAUCGGCUUCCCUUGGAGUUCGUCUGGGAUGCGUUUUUUCAAGGUGAGAAAGAGGGCAAAUUUUCGAUCUUUGUUCACUCCAGGCCCGGGUUUAUACUCAACGAAGCCACCACACGAUCUGCCUAUUUUUAUAAUCGUCAAGUCAACAACAGCAUACAGGUAGAGUGGGGAGAGGCUAGCAUGAUUGAAGCAGAGCGUAUUUUGCUUAGAAAUGCGAUCAAGGAUUCUUUUAAUGAGCGAUUUCUUUUUCUGUCAGACAGUUGCAUUCCAUUAUAUAACUUCAGUUACAUCUACAAAUACAUAAUGUCUACGACAACUAGCUUCAUAGACAGUUUUGCUGAUACCAAAGAGGGUCGUUAUAAUCCACGAAUGAACCCAGUUAUUCCUGUCUACAAUUGGAGGAAAGGAUCUCAGUGGGUAGUGUUAACAAGAAAACAUGCUCAAGUUAUGAUCAAUGAUGAUGCAGUCUUACCAGAAUUCGAAAGGCAUUGCAGGAGGAAGUCUUUACCAGAGUUUUGGAGGGAUCAUCCUUUUCCUGCAGAUCCAUCCAAGGAGCACAAUUGUAUACCAGAUGAGCAUUAUGUUCAGACACUGAUUGCACAAAAGGGCCUUGAAGGUGAAAUUACACGGAGAGCAUUGACACAUACAUUAUGGGAUCUUUCAUCUUCCAAAGAUCGCCAAAGGCGAGGAUGGCAUCCUGUCACAUACAAGCUUUCAGAUGCUACACCCAAGCUUAUCAAUGACAUAAAGGGCAUAGAUAAUAUAUACUACGAGACCGAGUACCGGAGGGAGUGGUGCAGAAGCCAGGGAAUGCCAUCGAAGUGCUUUCUCUUUGCCAGGAAAUUCACACGAGCUGCUGUCAUGGGGCUUCUCAAUUCGUCAGUGCUAAUUAUAAAUUGAAGAACAGAUGCGUUUAUUCGACAGUUCAUCUACAAGUCUGAGGAGCAGGUAAAAAUCGUAAAACUCUCUCCAAGAAUCCUUCACAUAAAAUUGUUGAGCAGGCAACAAAUAUAUCAACUGUGAGCUGAGCUAUGGAUGUGAAUGAUAAAGCAAUAAUUCCACAAUUAUAGAUUCUGGAAAGAAUAUGUAUAGUUCUUCCUUUUAAUUCUUUUCGACCUCUGCCGUUUUGAUAAUUGUUGACCUUGUCAAGUUAGUUUAAUAAGGGCCACGUAGACCAAGGAUAUCUGUUCUAGGUUCGGCCAAAAUUCUUGCUGGAGAAUAUUUAUCGACUGAACUUGUUUUCAUGUUAGACAAUAGUUCUUGCCGGGGAAUGUUAUCUUUAUCAGCUAUUGACCUUGUUAGAUUGAACUUGUGCUUGAGUUGGUAACAGACCAAUAUUACGCCUACUAAGAGUGCAAUUUGUGUGGAGAAGAACGGACACGUGUUAGAUGCACUCCCCCCUUCACAAAAAAUCACAUUUUUGUUUAAACUUUGUAAAUGUAAUUAACACACAUUAAAUUACUUCUA